AUGAAAUCAAAAGAAGUAGAGCAAAACAGCAAAACCAGUAAUACAAAAACGAUGCCAAGUGAAUCAGGGUUGUAGUUACAUAGAAAUGUACAUGCUUAAACUUACGUCGCAACUAAUAAAUCUGCAGUUCAGCUGUAAAACUAAAGAAGCACAACACCAGGAAAUAGGACCGUAAUCAUUAGAAAUGUAAUUUCCUAUGCUUAGAUUUGUAGUUCUAUUUGCCCAUUCAAAUUUCGAAGGUGAGGGAUGAACUUUUAGUCUAAAAAAGUGUUAAUGAGAAGGUAGAGAAAUACGAAAAUGAAAAGGAAUGGUUCUAAGGUAAAUUGAUUAAGCAACACAAAUUCGGUUAUUGCAAAUAUUACUUGAAAAAACAAUAUUAUUAUGAGGGAUAAUUUUCAUGUAGCCUUAAGCAUGGAAAAGGUUUGAUUAUUUAUGAAAACGGAGAUUAUUAUGUAUAUUUCGAGUUAAAUUUAGUAAGGAGAGUUUUUUGCUGACAAAAUUUUAGGGGAUAAUGGUAUGUUUAAAGAAUUUGAGGAUGAAUGUAAAUUAAACACAAAACUUGAAAAAAAAAAAUUGGAAUUCUCUAACGGUGCUAUAUACUAAGGGUAGGUACUUGAUGGGAAAAGACAUGGCAAAGGAGUCUAUACUUGGAAGGAUGGCACUAAAUAUGAAGGGUAAUUUCAAAAUGAUUAAUUUAAUGGAUAUGGUGUGAUGGAAUUUGCAGAUAGUAGUAAAUUCAAAGGAGAAUGGGUCAAUGGAGAGAUGGAAGGAUUUGGACAUUAUAUAUGGCCAAAUUCUGAAGAAUAUAAAGGGUAUUAUAAAAAAAGUAAAAAGAAUGGUUUUGGAGUAUUUAAGUAUAAAAGUGGAGUUGUUUAUUUUGGUGAUUUUCUUGAUGGAUUGAAUCAUGGUGAUGCGGUUCUUAAGUAACUAAAUAGUAAACCAAAAAUUUCUAAAUGGCAGGAUGGUAAAUAAAUUGAAUGAGUUAUAAUUUGACAAUAAUUAUUAUUUGUAAAUGUUAGAAUUGCCUUUUAAGAAUCUCACCCAAUUUGAAAAAGAAUUCAAAAAUGCAUUAAAAGAAAUUCAAUCUACAGAUAGUACUCUCGAAACUCAAGCUGAAAAUAAGAAUUCUUUGAACUCUGUAUUUGUUUAAGGUUCAACCUUUGAACGAAUAAAAUCAAGUUAAAAGUCUAAAAGCUUCGCCUAUUUUCAGUAGAAAUCAGUUGAGAAAAUCAUGUAUAAAAGGUUCUUCAAUGUAAAAGAGCCUUUUGAAUAAAACAGCGACUUAAUUUAUUAUGGCCAAUUUCAUAAUGAGAAAGCUCAUGGUUUUGGUAAACUGGUUUCAAAAAAGACAUCGAUUUUAUUUGAAGGUCAUUUUACCUUUGGCUAGAUCCACGGUUCUGGAAGAUUAAUUAUGAAUAGAGGUGACGUAUUUGAAGGAAGAUGGUUUUUUAAUAAAAUUUUGAGCGGAACAUAUUAUAACGAAUUAUUAAAGCCUAUAAUUUAGAUAAAAGAGUUGUCAAUUGAGUUUCCCUAAGUUCGAAGCUAAAAGAAUUAUCAUGGAAAUCUUAUCAACAAUAGAAGGGAGGGCUUUGGAAGAUAUUAAUGGAAUGAUGGAACUUAUUAUGUUGGAGAAUUUGUGGAUAAUACAAUGUGUGGAUUCGGGAGGAUGAUCUAUCAGGAUGGAAGAAGAUACUUAGGCUAUUGGAAGAAUAAUGAAAUGGAUGGAUAUGGGGAAUUUGAAUGGCCUAAUGGACAGAUCUACAUUGGAUCUUAUAUUAAAGAUAAAAAACAUGGAACAGGGAUGAUAAUUUUAGAUGGAAGAGUUGCCAUUGCAGAAUUUGAAAAUGGUAAGUCCAUUUCAAAAAGCAAAGAUUUUGAUCUUUCAUCUUGA